GGGCGAGCCAGGGGCUGCGGGUGGGAGGUUCUGGAUCCCUUCCCGGCGCCCAGCUCAGAGACCCAGCCCACCAGGGAGGGAGCCGGGGCACAGCUCCAGCGGCGCCGGGGGCCGGGGCCGCACUCCCGUGCUCUCGGGGAAGGGGCAGGGGCGCGGGGGGCUCCGGCUGUUUGGGAGGAAGGACGGAGCCUCUCCCCGCGCGCAGGGGGACCCCGCGGGCAGUGACUGAUCUCCACCCGCUGCCCAGAGGUGCUGGGCAGGGAGGAGCGCGCAGCGGGCGGUGCCCGGGCUCCCCGGCUGGGGCGGGGGGGGUGCGCAAGGCGGGGCCCCGGGGCUCCAGCGGUUGGGAAAGCAGGACGGAGCCCCCCGCCCCGCGCUGCCCCGGCUGGCGCGGGAGGGACCCUGAGCGGCGGGCAGCUGCGCCCGGGGAGGCGGGCCCGAGCUCCAGCUGUUGGCGAGGGAGGAGCUCGGGGCGCGCCCGGGGAGCCCGGCGAGGGGCCGGCUCGGCGCGCCUCCCGCCUGCUGCCGCGCUCGCCUCCCGCCGCGGUUGUGCCCCGGGCCCGGCGGCGGCGGCACCAUGAACGAGGCCGUCUCGAUCACGCACUGCCGGAGCGAGCAGCUGCUGGAGACCGAGGAGAGCCCGGCCAUCAGCGCCGUCAUGUUCUCGGCCGGGCUGCUGGGCAACCUGACGGCGCUGGCGCUGCUGGCCCGGCGCCGGCUGGGGGGGCGCGGCCGGCCGCUCUCCCUCUUCCACGUGCUGGUGACCGUCCUGGUGCUCACCGACCUGCUGGGCACCUGCCUGGUCAGCCCCGUGGUGCUGGCCUCCUACGGCCGCAACCGCUCGCUGGAGGCGCUGGCCGAGGGCGGGCAGCUCUGCCCCUACUUCGCCUUCGCCAUGAGCUUCUUCGGCCUGGCCACCAUGCUGGUGCUCUUCGCCAUGGCGCUGGAGCGCUGCCUGGCCCUGGGCCAGCCCUACCUCUACGAGCGCUUCGUCCGCCGCCGCUCGGCGCUGCUGCUGGCCCUGCCGGCCCUCUGCGCCUUCGCCGCCGCCUUCUGCGCCCUGCCGCUGCUGGGCUUCGGCCGCUACGUGCAGUACUGCCCGGGCACCUGGUGCUUCAUCCACAUGAGCCUGGAGCCCGCCGAGGCUGGCGCCGCCUACUCGCUGCUCUACGCCUCGCUGCUGCUGCUGCUCAUCCUGGCCGUGCUGCUCUGCAACCUGAGCGUCAUCCGCAACCUGCUGGGCAUGCACCGCCGCGGGCAGACCUCCCGCCGCCUGGCCUCGCUGGAGCAGCCCGCCGGCCGCCGCAGGCUCUCCAUGUCCGAGGAGGUGGAUCACCUCAUCCUCCUGGCCAUCAUGACCAUCACCUUCAUCGUCUGCUCCCUGCCUUUCACGAUUCGGGCGUAUAUGAACAUGUUUAUGCAAAACGAAGACUAUAAGAAGGACCUUCUAGCGCUGAGGUUCUUAGCAAUUAAUCCAAUUAUUGACCCUUGGGUCUUUGUCAUCCUUAGACCUUCAGUUCUGAGGGUAAUCCGUUCUGUACUGUGCUGUCAGAUGUCCCUAAAGACCCAAGACAACAUGCAGACGACUCCUGCUGCAGAGUCAAAAUCCAAUAAGCAGAUUGACCUUUGCGGGCAGUAGUCACAAGCAGCGUUCAGUGGAGACAUCUGGAAGACCUUGCUGAAAUGGCUCCUCAGGGUAAUGAACAAACUUAGAAGUAUAAACACGAUGGGAAGCUGGCCUUUUAGCUUACUAAACAAAUAUAUUUACUGUACAAUGGAUUGAGCUGCAGUCUGGCUGACAAGAGGCUGCAGGGUUUGUCAAAAAGCGAAAGAGAAGUCCAUCUAAAGUGAGCAUUUUCUAUUUAUGGGACAGCAUCCUAGAGGCUAAUCAAUAACUGGAUUUCUGUUGCCACUAAACAGGAACUUUCAUGUUGAACUGAGGACAUGUGCUGCACUCUAGUGUGUUUGAAACGCUAAAAAGCUAGUGGCUAUUUACUGUAAGUCCAGGAGACAGAUGUUUUCUCUAACACUAUGCCUAGUGACAGUUUGGUGGGGAGACACAGAAGAGUUAAUAAUAGAGCUUCGGCUUACUGAUUUGUUGCUAAACCCGCCAAGGCCUUAUUAGCUUCAUGGAGGCUUAACUAACCAUUUAUCUAACUACUGAAACUGAAGUCUUGAGAGCCCUGUGCAUUGGCCUGCUAAACGCGGGGUUGUGAGUUCAAUCCUUGAGGGGGCCAUUUAGGGAUCUGGGGCAAAAAUUGGGGAUUGGUCCUGCUUUGAGCAGGGGGUUGGACUAGAUGACCUCCUGAGGUCCCUUCCCUCCCUGAUAUUCUAGGAUUCUAUGAUUUCUGUCUCAGAGAUAUCGGUAUUGCCAUGUGCCUUCAUAUAACUACUGUCUUGCCUUGGGGUGGGGAGGAAGGCUAAAGCUAGCUCUGCUUCUUGUCACUGUUUUCCAAGUGCCCUACAGCAGUGGUUCUCAAACUUUUGUAGUGGUGACCCCUUUCACACAGCAAGCCUGAGUGCGACCCCCACCCCACUUAUAAAUUAAAAACACUUUUUUUAUAAAUAACACCAUUAUAAAUGCUGGAGGGAAAGCGGGGUUUGGGGUGGAGGCUGUCAGCGUGCGACACCCCCCCCCCCCCAGGUCAUAGCCUCGUGACCCCCUGAGGGGUCCCAAUCCCCAGUUUGAGAACCCCUGCCCUACAGCUAGGGGAAGAAAAGCCAACUGGGUUCCUCUCUUAGGGUCAAAGCUGUUAGGAUGGGCAGAAGCAGGGUUACAUCUCUCUGCUCCAGAAUCCUGAUUUUUAGAGCAGCUCUCCAUGGGUAGGGUCAUGCUUAAUGGUGGGCAAAUGUCAACUGAGCCCCCCUGUGUUGCAGCACUCAGCCCCCCCACCUCCUCAACAACCUCUUGGAUCAAAGAGCUUUGCUUUGGGCUGCAACCAGCCUCCAUCUUACAGCAGAUGCCCAUCUCCCCUCCCACCACACACACACAUUUGCGCUGGUAGGAUCAGGAGCUGAACAUGCUUCUAAGCAUGGGGCCCCUGCAUCUCUGAAGCUGGGGUGCACCCGCUGGGGCAUGGCCUGCUGCCCUUCAGUGCUGGGAGAGAUGGUUGCUUGUGCAGACAGAAGGAAGUUUCCCAUGCCGUCUCACUAGGGGUUUUCUAGAGGACCCAACACCUUUGUAUUUAAGUGACUCUUCCCAUGCAAGCCUGAUACAGCCCUGUGCGUGACAGGUCUUUGCAGCCCCUGCUCGUAGGCAUUUUCCUUAUAAGGCCAGGGAAGAAAUACCACACAAGAUACGUAUGUAAUCAUCACAUCUCAUCCUAGGUAAAGCUGUGGGAAUGACGACGUGAAGUCUUAAAUAUCAGUGGGAAAUAUUUCACAAGAUAGAGGGAACCUUCUACCAGGCUGGCUUCUCCAGAGGAGCUGUGAUUCCAACUGUGAUUCUAAGCAGGAAGCUGCCUUCGUUUUACAUUAUGGACUGGCUCCCACAGAACUCAUGGGGAGCUUUUCCACUGAGUUCAAUGGAAGCAGGAUAGCUGUCUCCUGUCCAAGCCCGCCGUGUGCUGGAAAGACCUUUUUCCUAGAGCGAUUGGCCCUGAUUCAGUAGAGCACUUAAGUUCUCAAUGCUUUGCUUAAUCAGGGCCCUAACUAAGCUAUGACUUAAAAUCCCUCCUCUGAAAAAGAUACGGUUUUCCUUAAGUGCCGCAUGUAAAGCAGGUUUUCAGACAGACUGUGGUAUAUUGUACAUGACGCUGAUAUAUGGAUAAAAAGAACAGGAGUUCUUGUGGCACCUUAGAGACUAACAAAUGUAUUCGAGCAUAAGCUUUUGUGGGCUAUAGACCACUUCAUCGGAUGCAUAGAAUGGAACAUAUAGUAAGAAGAUAUAUAUAUACAUACAGAGAAGGUGG